UGCUCCAAUCUCUGGAAGAUCUGGACAACAGUUUAAGGAAACUCAACUCUCGCUUGUUUGUUGUGCGAGGGCAGCCAACAGAUGUCUUCCCAAGACUCUUUAAAGAAUGGGGAGUCACUCGUCUCACCUUCGAAUACGACUCAGAGCCGUUUGGUAAGGAGAGGGAUGCAGCUAUCAUCAAACUGGCCAAGGAGGCUGGCGUGGAGGUGGUGAUAGAGAACUCCCACACCCUCUAUGACCUGGACAGAAUAAUUGAGCUGAAUGGCCACAAGCCACCCCUCACCUACAAGCGCUUCCAGGCCAUCAUUAGCCGUAUGGAGCUCCCAAAGAAGCCAGUGAGCACUGUAAUGAGCCAGCAGAUGGAGACAUGUAAAGUGGACAUCCAGGAGAACCAUGACGACGUGUAUGGGGUCCCGUCCCUGGAAGAGCUGGGCUUUCCUACGGAUGGUCUUGCCCCUGCAGUUUGGCAAGGAGGGGAGACAGAAGCCUUGGCGCGGCUGGAUAAACACUUGGAAAGAAAGGCAUGGGUUGCAAAUUACGAAAGACCAAGGAUGAACGCCAAUUCGUUGCUGGCCAGCCCUACAGGACUCAGUCCCUACCUGCGUUUUGGCUGCUUGUCCUGCCGCUUGUUUUACUAUCGUCUCUGGGAGCUGUAUAAGAAGGUAAAGCGGAGCAGCAUGCCCCCGCUCUCUCUGUAUGGACAGCUUCUGUGGCGGGAGUUUUUCUACACAGCAGCGUUUUUCUCCACAGCAGCCACAAACAACCCAAAGUUUGAUCGUAUGGAGGGGAACCCCAUCUGCAUCCAAAUCCCCUGGGACAAGAACCCUGAAGCCUUGGCAAAGUGGGCAGAGGGCAAGACAGGCUUCCCUUGGAUCGAUGCAAUCAUGACCCAACUGAGACAGGAAGGGUGGAUCCACCAUCUGGCCAGGCACGCGGUGGCCUGCUUCCUGACCAGGGGUGACCUCUGGAUCAGCUGGGAGUCAGGAGUCAGGGUAUUUGAUGAACUGUUGCUGGAUGCAGAUUUCAGCGUAAAUGCAGGCAGCUGGAUGUGGCUUUCAUGCAGUGCGUUCUUCCAGCAGUUCUUCCACUGUUACUGCCCCGUGGGCUUUGGACGUCGCACAGACCCCAGUGGUGACUACGUUAAGAGGUAUCUGCCCAAACUAAAGGGCUUCCCCUCACGAUAUAUCUACGAACCAUGGAAUGCCCCAGAGUCUGUGCAGAAGGCAGCCAAGUGCAUCAUUGGGGUGGACUACCCCAAACCUAUGGUGAACCAUGCGGAGACCAGCCGAUUGAACAUCGAACGCAUGAAGCAGAUCUACCAGCAGCUGUCGCGCUAUAGGGGGCUCUGUUUACUGGCAUCAGUCCCUUCAUGUGUGGAAGAUCUCAGUGGCCCAGUUGCAGACUCAGCUUCAGGGCAGGGCUGCAGCACCGGUACAGUGAGGCUGUCGCAAGCAGACCAGGCUUCUCCAAAGCGCAAACAUGAGGGAGCAGAAGAGCUGUGCACUGAAGAACUGUACAAACGAGCCAAAGUGACAUGUCUCCCCGCUCCAGAGAUCCCUGGCAAGAGUUUAUGAUUCCAGCAACAGGCACCUUGCACGUGAAGAGUGAGAGUGCUGAAGAGGUGACCAGAGGAGGAGGAGGGACUGCUGCCACAGAGGGACUGGAACUUGUGAUCUGCAACAGAAAAUCUGGGGUCUCGUCUAAAUGUGUAAUUCCAAUAGCUGCCACGAAAGGGCACUGCAUUACUUGCGCUUGGGAGUAUUUGGCUUUCUGGUCUCCAAAGAGUCAACUAUGUUUCUUCUCAGCCAUGCCCAAAGUCUGCCCACAUUUAAGGGGGCAGGAGCCUUCUGUCAACUUGUUCACUCCCAGAUGUGUCUUUCUCUUCUGACAAUGGCUCAGUGCAUGUGACUUGAUGCAGUGAUGUAGGGAGCAGCAUCUGGGCAUCUCAGAAAUAGUGAAUGUCCUUUCUCAUCACUAGUACUAGGCAGUGAGGUGCACUGAUUACUUCAAAUUACGGUAGGAGUUGAGAAGGAAGCUGCUACAAUGUCAAAAAUAGAGUACUCAUCCUACAAGAGAACAGGAGAAUCUCAGUAUUUCUUUCGUUAGACUAGACUGACAGGGAUGUAAAUGCUUUCUGAGUAAAUGAAGGUGGUACUCAUGUGGGAUGGAAACGAAAUGAAGGACAACUGUAGCAAAGAACAGAGAUACAAACUGUACACUUGAAGGCACUUAAAACUUUCCCUGCAGAAGAAUCUCACUGCUGUAAGGUGAGCCAUAGUGCUGUUGCCUGGAACGGGCAGCUUCAGCAUAGUUUGACAUCUGGUGGGGGGGGACUCUGAAAGAAGGAGGAAUUCUUCAGAGAAUAAGAUCAUGCCUUGAUAUGAAUAAAGCAGUCUCCCAG